GAUUGUGUGUAAAUCUGUAACUUUCAAUCCGCCUCGCUAGACUUUCUCUUUGAAGUUCUCUUCAGUUCUGUGUAUUAUAGUCAUGUCGUGUUUGACGUCUUUGUUCCGUUUGUAAAGACGAUAAAGUUCUCUCUAACGGUGUGCGUUUUGGGCUGCUGUUUGUGGCUAAAACAAUUGUAAAUAACCUGGCAACCAAUCGGGGCGGAUUCCAGACAGAUACCAGUGGCAGUGUGUUACAGCGGAGGGUGAGAGGAUGUGCAGAGAUAUCUGUCUUGCUGUUCUAAAGAAGGGUACCAAUAAUUCUGGAGUUCAUAAAGGGAAAAAAAGAAAAAGAGGAAGCAAGGAAAUUUCCACACACUCCUCCAGACAGUAUCAGGGCAUCAUGACCUCCGUUUUUUCCAUUUGCAUCGUAUUGGGCACCAUGUGUGUGAGCCUCCUCUCUGCAGAAGCUGAGAUCACUGUAUCUGGCCAAGUGGGGUCUACACCUGUCCUGCCGUGUGAACUGCAGAGUGUAGGCACUGAAACACCGUAUAUUUGGUGGAUCACUGAAUCUAAGACUGUGUUUGAGCGAUUGGGUGAGGAGAGCUAUCAGGGUGAGGGAUAUGAGGGCCGUGUGGACGUCCCUGAGGAAGAGCUGCGUAAGGGGAACUGUUCCUUGGUGUUGCGCAAUCUGACACUUACUGAUGCAGGUGUCUACACGAGCUACCAGAUAGUGAGACGCACCAAGAGAUCUGCCUCUGUCAUUCCAAAAACAGACGAGAUCAGCCGUGUUAAUCUCUCAGUCCAGGUUUCCCCUCUUAAAGAAACAAACAGAAAUAUUUCACCCGCUCCCACAGGUGAUGCAGGAAUGAAGAUUCCUCACCCACUGAUCAUGGUCUUGACCCUCAUCUCACGUUUACUCCUCCAGCUCGUCUAUGAAGAAACAUGAGUGUGACCUACAGCUUUGCACAGGACUCUGUGUUUCAAUCCCACACCUACCGAAAAAAAAGCUGCUUUUAAAUUACACACGGCAAUUCUGUGGUGCUGACCAAUCAGGACUCAGGAGGCAUAACUAAGGGUUUCUGUGUUCUAGCAGAUAUUAUAGCAGUAUUUGUUAGGAAGGUUAAUGUCUCCUGUCAGAAGGUUACAGCCAGUAGCUGACUGGACUAAAAAUAUUAUUUAUUAAGCAUUAAAGCACAAUUUGCACUGCUGUUAUGGUAAAAUAGUGAGUGAUGUGAAGCGAGUUGCCAAUGAUUACAAUGUUUGCAAGUUUACAAUUUUUUAAAAAAUCUCUCCUUAUGGCAAACUUCACCAUAUCAAUGAUUACACGUUUUUUAAUCCGUUAAUGUGGAGCAUCUGCCAUACAAGGCCCUGUGAAUGAGCUGUUACUAUAGAAACGAUAUGUAUUACAGUGAGGAAGUAUCAAAGUACAAGUAUAAAAUUAGUGUAACAGUAUGAAAUAGUGAUUUUUAUUUUUCCCCAUAUGCUGCCUGUGUCUCCCUAAACAAUAUUUCCUAUGUAUGUCUUUAAUUUCUCCUUGUUCUUGUUUCUAUACAAGUAGUGACAAUCCUGACAGACACCUCUCAUGUUUACUUGGGGACCAGGUGAAAGAGGGUGUCCUGUGUGAGUCUUGUCUGCAAGUGAAGUGAAGUGUACUGUAGUGUGCACACACCUUCAACACCAAACAACUGAUCACAACGAUUCAAGUCAUGUAGGGUGGAAUGGUCAGCGAUUCAGACAUACUGAAGGUCCUGUCGUGUGCACUCAGCAUUAGUGUGACUGGACUUUGUUUCAGAAUUGUACUUGAGCAGGAUUUUGUUCCGGACAAACCAGUUUGUUCUUCUCAUAGUGUGCCGUAUCAAACGAUUUCCACUUAUCUGCACUUUACUCUGGGUUAAGCUGGUUUUACAAUGUGCAGUUAUAGCAGCCCUUUAUAAUUAUUAUAAUUGUCACAUUAUAUAUAGAGAUGAGCCCAAAAACAUUUUAUCAGAAUAACAGUCUGUGCGAUAAGACUGUGUGUGUUCUUCAUGACAGGUUAUAUGAUGAAGAUCCUAGCGCUACGAUUUAAAAAUUACUAUGUUCUGAUAUACUGGGAUGCGCUGUGAUGCAGCACAGGUUAGAAGCUCUUUAACUGGAAAGCAAGAAAUAGUUUCAUGUUGUCUUAUUAAUAAAUAAACUGUGUAAUCCUAAGAAGUCCUCUUAUUGGCGGAUGUUAGGUGUGUCGUAGCAGGGCUCACACUGAGACUUUAAUCAAAACUUUGUUGUCAGCUGUCUUUGGUCCUAGUGAUGCUAAAUCUGCACCAGUGAGCAUGUCACAUUAUGCAUUGUAAGAGCACGGCUCUCUACUCCUGACCAAAGUUUCUCCUUUACAGUGUGCGAUGUGACAGCAAAACUGGGCUGAAAAUGGUACAGCGUAAAGCUGGAUUUACACUAAAUGGAGCUGAUCUACACUGAACAGUGUCACAUGUUAUGAAACUUCAGUGUUCACCUUUAUAAAACAGAAAUGCAAUAAACUUUUAUCAUAAACACUGAUCUCCAGUCAUUUUGUUAUAGCAACACGUCAUAAUGUCUUAUGAAGCUUUCUAAUUUUGAUAAACACAUGCUUUUAGUCCUGAUCCAUAAUCACUUAUUGUUAUAAUAAAUAUCAAAAUAAAUCUAUAUUCCAAAAUUGGUUUAAUAUUUCAUUAGUUCCUCAACUGUUUGAUUCAAAAGGCCACAUAUAGGGUGAAUAUUGGUAAAGUGGAACACUCCUGCAUUUUGAUGUGUAUAUAGUUCACUUAUCUAAAUUCCUUACUGAGUUCAUUCUUAGAAAGUAAAUAAAUUCACUGAGGAUCCUUUAAUCGAGUAAUCAAGCUCUGUGUCUGUGAUGUCCUAUAGGAUUGUGAGAAUCAAUGGUAAGUGAAAUGACCUAGCCAUGUGACCCUUUUAAAGAUGGUUCUCAGAGGAAUUACUUUUUUUUUUUUAAAUAAAUGUCAAAUGCUUAAAAUAAUGAUUUUAUUUUGAUGAUGAAUUAGUACACUGUAAGACAUUUCAAGUUGGUUAAACUUAGAAACAAAAGCUCAUCUGCUGCCUUAAAAACGCGAGUAAACUCAACUUGAAGAUAACCUUCAUUUCACCUCAAAGUCAAGACAAUGGAUUACUUUAAGUUUUAUUUUUUAAACUUAUAAACUUGAGUUUGUCAUGACAAUUGGAGUUAAAGAGAAGAAAUAAGUUCAUGUAACUUAAUGGUGCUAUAGUUUUACAGUGACACACUACUAAUGGAUAUAUUCUUCUUGGCAUCAUAAAGCAUAAGAGAUGAGAUGUAUUUCAGAAUCAAAUGGUAAAAGAAAGAAAGACAGAGAGGAACAUGAACAAAACACAGAAGAAAAGGGCAGUGAGCAGGAGAACUUCAGGGAAGUGGAGUGAGUGAUGAGAGGAGGAGUGGAGCUGUAGAAGGCAGGAAGAGAGAGGAAGAUCACCACAUUUUAGACACAGCGAGGGCAUCAGAUCAUCCUACAUAUCUGUGCUGCAUAAAAAGCUUUUUGUGAUAUUUUUAUGCAUAUUAUAAGCAAAAUAAAUGAUAAAUGAGUUCAUGAAAUUCCAAGCAUUCUUUAGCGUAAAGAAAUGUGAUAAAAGUGCUAACUUUAACAGCAUCAAAAGAAAAAGUCAAUAAGCAGAGAUUUAAAGAAGUUUGGUAUUUCUUGAUGUUUCCUUGUGAGAUUUGAGGUUUUUUUUUAAAAAAAAGGUACUAUUUUUCAGAAGUGUCCCACUUUAGCAGUAUUCACCCCGUUUCAUUCAGCUUUAAAUGUUCCAGUUCUUUUUUUUUAAACAUUUACAGUGGUAAAUAUAAUAAACAAGAAGAAUAAAGAGGGUUACAGUAAAUGAAAUUCUGAAAUGAACUAAAGCAUAUUCUAUUAAUUUAGAAGUGGUACACCAUAAAAGAGUCUUACAAGCAAUUGGAUUAUUACGAGUCUGAUUUGAAGGAAUCACUAAAAAAAUUCUAGCUAAUACAGAAGUUUGGGGAUAAAUUCCUUUUUACAAAAUUUGAAAAGUCAAUCCAAAACACUUUGCAAUAAACACAAUUCCAAACUAAGUGGUGACCUGUUUCUGGAAAGCGAUGACAAAAGGAACAAUUGGGUGAAAUACUGUUAUUAAACUUUGCUAGUUUAUAAUUUACAGGGUAACAGUUAUGAAUAAUCUUAAAAGAGACUUAAGAGAAGAAAGUUUGUGGUAAUGAUGUGAUUCAUUCUGAAACAGUGACAGAAGCAGCACAAAUCGAGCGGUGGGAACGUGUGAUACUGAAAGAGUGAAAGAGAUCAGAAAGAGACUGCAGAAGAAGGAUGUGGGUACAGAAACACACAGAGACACAGCGCCAGUUUGUUACAGCGGAGAGUAAGAAGGUGUACAGAUUUCUUUCUUUCUGUUCUAAAGGUAAUUCGUGUUUAGUUUUCUUUUUUUAACGGAAGUGUAAGACUUUUCGGUUUGUUGUGUGGUUUUAUUCCUGUGUUUACAUUUACUAGAAGCGAACAAACCUUUUUUGUUUGAAAUGAGAUGAGAAGUUAAGCUAAGCUAACAUCUCUCACAGGCUGAUGUUCAUUUAUUUAUAUUUACAGUUUAUGGGGUUUUUUUUUUUGGUUAUUCUAUCAAAUAUCCUAUAUCCUAUAUAUUUGUUCCAAAGUUUCCAGAAAAUUUGAUCAUUUUCGAGAGUUAAAAGUUUUCCAGCCAACUAGCUCUGGGCAACUGCGGAAGUGUUGCGGAAGUGUUGUGAUGAUGUGGAGAUGUUGUGGAGAUGUUGUGGUGAUGUUGUGGAGAUGUUGUGGUGAUGAUGUGGUGAUGUUGUGGAGAUGUUGUGGUGAUGUUGUGGAGAUGUUGCAGAGAUGUUGUGGUGAUGUUGUGGAGAUGUUGUGAAGAUGUUGUGGAGAUGUUGUGGUGAUAUUGUGGAGAUGUUGCGGAAAUGCACUGCUUCCGGGUAUGGCGUUGUGUAGUCCACUAGCACUAACCAUGACCAUGAUUAAUGGUCAUUGGCGCUUUUGGGGAUUUCAUGAGGUUUUGUUACACAGUUUGUUGAUUAGAGGCUGCUGAGCAGUCGUAGCUUUUUUUUGUAUAAAAUGAAAUGUGCAUAAAAUCCAACAAAAUCACUGUGAAAUGUCUGAAUUCUUAGGAAUUUCUUUAGGAUUCAUAUUUAUAAUAUUCCAGAGUGAAAACUUUCCAUGAAGUUUGAAGAAGAUUUAUUUACAAAAAAAAAAAAUGCUAAUAAACAGCCUAAAUGUAAGAAUUGUAGGUCCAUUAAAAUAUUAUUGAAAAUGAUGUCCUAAGGAUGAGAGGAUGAGAAUAAGUGUAAAUUGACCCUGUAGCAGCAGAGAGAGUUUAUGAACAACCUGAAGAGCUCCAAGUCUCAUCAACAGCUUCACACUCAUCACACUCUCUCUUUAUUAAUGUGUCUGUUAGACUGAAUGGAGCUCAGGAUUUAAACCUGAUGGCACUCAACCUGUAACUCCUGGAUCACAGCACUUCAAUAGGAUCAAUAAUACACUUACAAUGAAUACACUAAUGCUGUGUGUUUACCCAAGGAAGUGUAACACUGUAUAUACACACACCGAUCACUUUAUUAGGAACACCUGCACAGUCCUGCAGUUAAUCAGCUGAUCAUGUAGCAGCAGAGCAAUGCAUAAAAUCAUGCAGAUACAGGUCAAGAGCUUCAGCUCACAUCAGGAAGGAAGGAAGAAAAAAAAGAAACAGUAUGUGCCUUGCUGGCACAGAACACUUAUAAGGAGAGACUGAGAAUUAAACAGAAGGCCAAACCAACAGAUGAAACUAAUAAAACACAGAGAGAGAGAGAGAGAGAGAGAGAGAGAGAGAGAGAGAGAGAGAGAGAGAGAGAGAGAGAGAGAGAGAGAGAGAGAGAGAGAGAGAGAGAGAGAGAGAGAGAGAGAGAGAGAGAGAGAGAGAUAGAAUAUUUUUUUUCUAAUCUUCAGCGGUCCAGUUUGGGUGAGGUUGUGCUCAUGAUAGCCUCAGACUGCUGUUCCUGGCUGACAGGAGAGGAACCCAGUGUGGUCUUCUGCUUUUGUAGCUCAUCCACAUCAAAGAUUGAUGUGUUGUGUGUUCUGAGAUGCUUUUCUGCUCACAACGUGUGUAAAGAGUGAUUAUUUGAGUCACUAUAGACUUCCUGUCAGCUCAGACCAGUCUGGUCAUUCUCCUCUGAUCUCUCUCCUCAUCAAGGUGUUUCAGCCUGCAGACCCUCCACACACAGGAUGUUUUUUGUUUUUUUUAAUUGCCACUCACUGGAUGUUUUUUCCUUAACUGCACCGUUCUGUGUAAAUUCUAGAGAUUGUUUUGUGAAAAUUCCAGGAGAUCAGCAGUUAUAGAAAUACUCAAACUAGUCCAUCUGUCACCAACCAUCAUGCCAUGAUCAAAAUCACCGAGAUCACACUUUUUCCCCGUUCUGAUGGUUGAUGUGAACGUUACCUGAAGCUGAUGGCCCGUACCUGCAUGAUUUUCUGCACUUAGAUACACUUUAAUAACAGACACCUGGGAAAAACACUGGCCACCACUGACUGACUAACUCCAGCUCAGCAAACAUUUUAGUGUUAAUGUUAGGGAACAUCAUCAAAGUGCAGCAAUAAAGAAAACUGACCAGCUGAUUUCAGUUCAUUUAAAUGUUAUUUGUACAGCGUUUUUAACAACAGACAUUGUCACAAAACAUCUUUACAGAAAUCUGACUGUAGAUUUAGAUCCUACCCAGAUAGCAAAGGGACGUUAUUUAACAUUGAAUCACCGUCAGUCAGAUAACAUAGACGUGUUAAAUCAGUGUUGAUUUCUGAUGAUCUGAUUCACCGUCACAAUACACACACUGCUCACUGUCGAAUCAACUGCAUUUCGUCCAUUAUCAAAACACUGAAUUAUAAUCUAAUAAAUCUGCUAAACUGAACCACUAAACUGAAUUCUAGGUGACUCUUAAUGUGGACACUUCCAUGCGUUCUGUUGCAGUACUGUGUUACUGUAUUAUUACUAUUAACUGUAUUUGAUUAUUCAGGCUAUAAGAUUAAAUAAAUUAGCUGUAAAUGUUGAACCUAAUUAGAACCUCAAACAGGUUUUAUAGCAUGCAGGUACAGGGGGUGUACAUAUAGAGCCCUUAUACAUUUCCUUCAAUUAAAUUUUAUCUGUGUUUGAUGGUCAAGGAUAUUUGAUGUGUGAUUGCUAUAGGAAAGACUCGUUGGAGAAGAUGAUACUGAUUAGCAUGCUGCAGCUGUCACGCCAAUGUAGAUUUUUUUUUCUUCCAAUAAUAUUUUUUAUAAGUAUAUUGAUGUAUUAGCUGCAGUGGAAAUGGUGGUGAUUUACAAUCAUAUGACUUUAGCUUUAUUAUUGGAAUCUGAAAUUAAAUAUUAUAUAGUAUAAAUAAAAAAAUUACUGAGAAACUAUUAAUAAAUACCAAGAAGCACUCUAUUACCUGUUGAUAUUCAAACAUUUUUCCUUGUUUUAGGAAAUUUCCACACACUCCUCCAGACAGUAUGAGGGCAUCAUGACCUCCUUUGUUUCCAUUUGCAUCGUAUUGGGCUCCAUGUGUGUGAGCCUCCUCUCUGCAGAAGCUGAGAUCACUGUAUCUGGCCAAGUGGGGUCUACAGCUGUCCUGCCGUGUAAACUGCAGAGUGUAGGCACUGAAACACCGCAUAUUUGGUGGAUCACUGAAUCUGAGACUGUGUUUGAGCGAUUGGGUGAGGAGAGCGAUCAGGGUGAGGGAUAUGAGGGUCGUGUGGACGUCCCUGAGGAAGAGCUGCGUAAGGGGAACUGUUCCUUGGUGUUGCGCAAUCUGACGCUUACUGAUGAAGAUGUCUACACGAGCUACCAGAUAGUGAGACGCUCCAAGAGAUCUGCCUCUGUCAUUCCAAAAGCAGAAGAGAUCAGCCGUGUUAAUCUCUCAGUCCAGG